AUUGUGUUUGAAUAUUAUUUUGUAAAGAAUAUUUAUUAAAUAGAUGACGUUCAAAUCUUUAACUAAUUUUGGAAGCUUCGGAAAAGCUCCUUGGGACGUACCUGUCGAACGUUAUCAUAAUGACGGAGGUCACUAUCAUGGAGGACAUCGUGGAGGUGGAAAGGGAAAGGGUGGCAGCAGUGCUGCACUGAGUGCAUUGACCUUGCUCGCAUUUCUGUUUCUCUUAAACAUUAUGCAGGUAAUUAUGUAUACAUGCAAAUUUACGUUAGUAUACAUUUUUUAAA